UCGAAAGACGGUGGUUUUAACUAGCAUAUUUUGCAAAGAGUUGAGGGAUAAAUGUUAAAAUGACCAAAUUAUUAACAGAAGAGAAAGUAAACAAAGAGAGUAACUCAUUGCAGAUAUGACGUUUUGAAAAAACGCUCAAGAAAUGUCUUUAAAAAAAACGCUGAGACAUAAAGCACUGUAGUUACUAGUCGACAGAAAAGAUAAGCGGCAGCGGCCCUUCCUUAGCACCUAGAACCAGUUCGCGUGAAUUCUCCGACCUAUUUGUAUAAUGCGUUAUAUGGAUAUCAAAACAAUCUUACGGGAAACUGCUGAUCGAAUUGAGAACUUAUAUGUACCGUACGAAGACGAAUACCGUGUCCGAAUUAAAUACCUGAAUUGGAAGGAAAAGGAUAUUCUCCGAAAAUUUCUAAUGGAACAUGAUUGGAACUUAGGUAGUGCAAAAGUGUUGGCCAUGCUGAAAAAUGCGGGAAUAAUCACUGCUUCGGAAUACGUACUAUGCAACGCACAUUCAAAAGAUACCACUCAACAGGUCAUGAACGAUUUGCUGGAAACUGAACAUACGUUACUGGCGGAGCUCUUUACCAAUUCGAUCUUAGAUAUUAGUAUUUCAACCAGUCUCAAAGAAGUUCUACAGGACAGCUUGAGCUCAGCUCUGGAUGACCUUAUAGAAAAGCCAAAUGUUAUCCCAUGCAAUUAUCUAAAGAGACUAGGAUCUCACUUACAAACCUCCGAGCUGACGAUGCUGAGGAUACAACACAUGCAAUUAUUGCUCGGCAAAGACUGCUCUGUUUCGAUCGAGGAAGCCUUCGGCUUUCAACAAUAUUGGAGAUCUGAAAUUAACGAACGCAAAGACACCAUUUUGGGUCAGCUAAUGAUGGAAAUAGUUCAGGAUAAAAUAAAUGCAAUCGAAACUCUUUUUGCUGCAGUUAAAACUCUUAAGCGUACAAUUUCAUGGAAAUAUUUCCUACAGCUGCUUCAUCUUCUAUCAAUUGCAAUCGGAGAAGACAAAGAAGAAAUUUUCAGACUAAAAGUAAUCACGAAAGAACUGUUUAAUAAAGUUAUCCAGGAUAGCAACUUCGAACAGUUCCUGUUGUUAAUAUUAACCGCUAGAGAAAUUUGUGCAGCAAAUGCAAAUAUACUUGGAGAGUACUCCAAUUGGUAUAAAACAGUUCUAGGCGAGAUGAGUUACCGUAUCAGCAAACCACAGUUUAUUCUUGUGAUGGAAAUGAUGACUAAGCUUAUAUCGUUUGAGAGCAGUUUGGAAUGUUUACGUGUUCACGUGACCAUUUCUAUUUCGUCGCCUCCGAAGUGCAUGGACUUGGUUGUGACCUACAAACAAUUGUGCCGAGCGCAGCUGGUGAAGCUAGAAAACCAAACAGAGGAGCAACCUGGCCAAGAACACGAAAUAUCUAUUGUCAUCGAUGAUGAUGAUUGAGCAUUUCUGUUACUAAAGAAAUUUUAUUUCUUUCCACCAACAUUAUUAUUAUUGAAUAAAGCAAUGUAUUACCUUGAUUACCCUUACCAAAAAUGCUUCUGC